AACUGCGUUGUAACACGUCAAAGAUCAGCGUUUCCACAAUGUUCAAUAACAAGCUAGAAGGCAAAGUAGCCAUCAUCACCGGUGGAGCGAGCGGUAUCGGCAAAGCCACCGCCUGUCUCUUCGCCAAGCACGGUGCCCGUGUGGUGACCGCCGACAUCCAAGAUGAACUAGGCCAGCAGGUAGCCGCAUCAAUCGGUUCCCAAAAGUGCAGCUACAUCCACUGUGAUGUUACCGAUGAAGAGCAAGUGAAAGGCAUAGUGGAAUGGACCGUCCAAAACCAUGGCCAACUGGACAUCAUGUUUAGCAAUGCUGGGAUAGUUCGUUCCAACAAGGGUACCACCUCCAACUCCAACCAGAACAUCCUCGACCUAGACCUCGCGCCUUUCGACCACCUGUUCGCCGUCAACGCCCGCGGCAUGGCGGCUUGCGUCAAACACGCGGCGCGUUCCAUGGUUGAGAAGCGCGUGAGAGGGAGCAUCAUCUGCACGGCCAGUGUAUGCGCCAGAUGCGGCGGGGAACACCACGUGGAUUACUUUAUGUCGAAGCAUGCGGUGUUGGGAUUGGUGAGGUCGGCGAGCAAGCAGCUUGGGGUGCACGGGAUCAGAGUAAAUAGCGUGUCGCCGUUCGCGGUGGCGACCCCAUUGAUAUGUAACCUGACGGGAAUGAAAGCGGAGGAAGCUGAGAAGUUUUACGAGGGGAGGACGAUUUUGAAAGGGGUAGUGGUGAAAGAGAAGCACGUGGCUGACGCGGUGUUGUUUCUAGCAUCGGAAGAUUCGGAGGUGGUGAGCGGACAUGACAUGGUAGUGGAUGCUGGGUUUUUGGGCAAAUAGUUAAAUGGUUGGUCACCGGUAGGUCGGCCCAAAAUCAUGAAAUAUGGUCCACGCUCCUUUGUUUGUUCAAUAAGGACUUGCUUUUAUGAAAUAAUUUCAUAUCUUUUCGGGA